CGGGGCCGGGGCGGCCCCGGGAUGUCCCCGGGAUGUCCCCGGGGUGUUCCCAGGAUGUCCCCAAGCCGGGGCCUGCUGCCCUCGGCCCGGUGCGCUCGGACCCGGCCGUCCUUCCGUGCGGGACCCGCUGCUGCGGGGCCUGCGGCGGGCGCGCCCGUGCCCGCGGUGCCCCGGCAAUCGCGGGGCGAGGAUUUUUCCUCUUCCUGCUCUGGGGUGUGCCAGCUGCCUCAGCCCGGGAUGCUGCUGCCCCUGCUCUUCCCCCAGCUGUGCCGGCCCCUGCGCUGCCUCCUCCGGGACCUGUCCCGCUGCCGAUGGGAUGGGCACAGGGCUGGCUGUGCCCACAGGGCCCUGCACACAGCCAGGGCCACCUGCAGCAGUGACAUCACCCCUGUGUUCACCAGGGCGCUGGCCUUUGGGGACAAAGUGGCCGUCGUUGACCAGAGCGGGGAGCACACGUACAGGGACCUGCUCAGCCGGAGCCUGCGCUUGUCCCGGGAGAUCUGCAGGGUCCUGGAGUGCCCCAGCAGGGACCUGAAGGAGGAGAGGAUCUCGUUUCUGUGCCCCAAUGACGCCUCCUACGUGGUGGCCCAGUGGGCUUCGUGGAUGAGCGGGGCCAUAGCGGUGCCCCUGUACAGGAAGCACCCGGUGCCCGAGCUGGAGUACGUGAUCCAGGAUUCCCAGAGUGCCCUGGUCAUCGCAGCCGAGGAAUUCCUGGGGAAAAUAACCCCCAGUGCCCAGAAACUGGGAGUGCCAGUGCUGCCCCUUCCCAGGGCUGGUGGUGACGGAUCCACGGGCCCUGCAGAGGAGGGGCCUUUGCCGAGCUGUUCCUCGUGGAAGGACAGAGGGGCCAUGAUCAUCUACACCAGCGGGACCACGGGGAGGCCCAAGGGUGUCCUCAGCACCCACGAGAACGUGCAGGCCGUGACCACGGGGCUGGUUGAGAAGUGGGAGUGGAGGAAGGAGGAUGUGAUCCUGCACGUGCUGCCCCUGCACCACGUCCACGGCGUGAUCAAUAAGCUGCUGUGCCCGCUCUGGGUGGGAGCCACGUGCGUCAUGUUCCCGGAAUUCAGCGCGCAGAUGGUGUGGAAGAAGCUCCUGAGCUCCCAAGCCCCCCGUGUCAGUGUGUUCAUGGCAGUGCCCACCAUCUAUGCCAAGCUGAUGGAAUAUUACGACGAGCAUUUCACCCAGCCCCAAGUGCAGGAUUUCAUCCGUGCCUUUUGCCAGGAGAACAUCAGGUUAAUGGUGUCAGGCUCAGCAGCCCUGCCUGUGCCUGUCCUGGAGAAGUGGAAGAGCAUCACGGGGCACACCUUGCUGGAGAGGUACGGCAUGACUGAGAUUGGGAUGGCGCUUUCUAACCCUUUGCAUGGAGUCCGUGUCCCAGGUGCCGUGGGCACGCCGCUGCCCGGCGUGGAAGUGCGCAUUGCCAGCGAGAGCCUGCGGGACGGCGCCCGAGCCUACACCACCCACGCCCAGGGGGAUGAGAACGGCACACAGGUGACCCCGGGCCUGGAGGGACAGGAGGGGGAGCUGCUGGUGAGGGGCCCCUCGGUGUUCCGCGAGUACUGGAACAGACCCAAGGAGACGGCGGACGCCUUCACGCCCGACGGAUGGUUCCGAACAGGGGACACAGCAGCAUACAAGGAUGGAGUGUACUGGAUCAAGGGCCGCACCUCCGUGGACAUCAUCAAAAAUGGAGGGUUUAAAAUCAGCGCGCUGGAGGUGGAGCGUCACCUCCUCACACACCCCCACAUCACAGACGUGGCGGUGAUCGGGCCCCCGGACGCGGUGUGGGGGCAGCGGGUCAGCGCCGUGGUGCAGCUGCGCAGGGGAGAGAUGCUCUCCGUGAGGGACCUCAAGGACUGGGCCAGGGACAUCAUGGCUCCCUACAGCAUCCCCACAGAGCUGAUCGUGGUGGAGGAGAUCCCGCGCAACCAGAUGGGCAAAGUCAACAAGAAGGAGCUCCUGAAGCGCUUUUACCCAGCCUAGUGCCCACCUGGGGGGCUUGGCCUUGAUCCACGGCUCACCGCAGCCUAGUCCCUGAAUAAUGUCCAAUAAAAGGAUUUUUCCUGCCUGGCUGAGCUGAGCCAGAGCUGCAGUUAGGGUUUCCUUGUGUGGGAGCCCUUUGCAGGAAUCACAGAAUCUCGGAAUGGUUUGGGUUGGAAGGGACCUUAAAGCACAUCCAUUCCACCCCCUGCCAUGGCAGGGACACCUUCCACUAGCCCAGGGUGCUCCAAACCCUCUCCAACCUGGCCUUGGACACUGCCAGGGAUGCAGGGGCAGCCACAGCUGCUCUGGGCACCUGUGCCAGGGCCUGCCCACCCUCACAGGGAAUGAUUUCCCAGCAGAAAUAAAGAAUAAAUUCAAAAUCACAUAUAAA